GAAUUAAAGGUGAAAAUUCAACAAAGUUAAGGGACUUGAUUUCUUUCAGUUACUUCCCUUACUGUUAUUUAAGUGUUGCCAAUGAAGCAUACCUUAGAUACCAACGUAAACAUUUGAGAGCACUUGCUGGUGACAGAAAUUAGCGCAACAAAAAUGCCUGAUCUAAGGGAAAUCUCCGUGGACAGGCCUGUAUCUGAAAAGAUAGAAGAGAUGAAAGCAAAGAAAUGCCUUCUUGAUGGUGAUAGAAAAGCUUACAAUGAAAUAUCUCAGCUCACAAUAAAGAGGAACAAAGAGAAAAUAAAGACAUUGAGAAAAGAAAACAAAGAACUUCGUCAAAAACUUCAUGAUUUACACAUGAAAGAUGAAGCUGUGAUUAACAAGGCCUUAAAGGACAAACCAACUGAACGAGCGUCUCUAAAAAACAAAACUGGGCAGGAAGCCAUAACUAUUUUGGAUCAUAAAGUCUCUGAUGGUAUGCGACUUCUCAAUGCUCUAAAACAUCAGGUUGCUGUGAAAGAAAAGCAACUGAGAAAUAUGCAGAUAACAUACAAUGAACAACAGCAAGCAUCUUUCUUAGCAAUAACAACAGAUAAAAAGGAAUCUACAGAAGCUCAGAGAAUAAGAUACUUGGAAAAUAGCUGUGAUAAAGCACAGAUGAAAAUAUAUGAGGCCACACAUCUUACAAGAACAUAUGAAAAAAUUCUUCAAAAACUAAAAGAAGACUCUCUAAAAUGGCCUUUAGUUUUAGAAAACCUUGAGAAGGAAAUCAAACAAAGUUUGAAUGAGCAAGAGGAACUACAAUCUAUGUAUAGAGAUGCUCAACUUUCUAAAGAAAAUGCCUUGAAAGUUCUGAAGAAACAUGAGGAUAUGAUUUCUCAUGAAAGGAAGAAACGAGAAAUACAGCUGCAAGAACUUAAGAAAGAAGCUGAAGAAAAGAGGAUGCUUCAUGAUAGAAUAGAGCGGCGAUUUAAUGCCCAACGUCCAUCCUUCCAACAACAAGAUGAAACUGCAUCAGGAGAAAAACAAGUUUUAUCUGGAGAAGAGCAACAACAAAAGAUCAGUACAUAUGAAGAAGCUUUUAGACGCAUCAAGGAGGCUACUGGUGUAUCUGAUACGAUGGAAGUUGUAAGUCGAUUUGAAAACCAAGGAGCAACAACAGCUCAUUUAGAAGAGCUGAAGCAAGAAAAUGAAAAACAAAUUUCUCUUCUGAGAGAGGAAAAGGUAAAACUUCAAAAGACAUUUGAAGAAAUGAAAUAUACAGGAGAAACCAAAUUGUCAAGAGGACAAAGAAUGCUUGAAGAAUUCCAAGAGAAAUUACAGGAAGAAGAAACUAGUAGGGCUGAAAUUGAAAAUAAACUGGAGAAAAUGUCUAAAAUCUUAUUGCAAGUCAAAUCUGGUAUUGACCAUCUUGCUGAUAGACUCUCUCAUCUAAAAACACCAAAAGGGUACACAGCAUCAACAAAGCUUUCCCCUUCUUCAAAUGAGUAUGUCCUUGAUCAAUUAGCUUUAUGUGAAGAGAAACUGCUGAAGCUCAUGGAUGACUUUCAUGAUGUGGACUUGGAGAAAGUUCAAAAACAAAUGGAAGAUGAGGAGUUCCAUAUCAAUAUUGAAAGCAGACUUCCUGCAUAUAAUACACGUGUUAAGCUUUCCACACAACUUGAAAACAUCUAUGCUGAGAGCGAAAGUAGCCGAGAGGAUGAACCAGAAGUCUUGAGCAGAAGUGCCAUAAAGAAAAUAUCUCAAAGUAUAAUUGAUGCUAAGAUGAAAAAAGACAUGCCAAGAAGAAGGAAGAAAACUAAAUAAGUAGUUUAAGAAAUCUAACAAUUAAAUACAGCU